CUCGUUCUUCCUGAAAAAGAAUUACUCGCAGGAAUCAGAGAAUGGCUUCAAGUCUAUUAAGAGCCCUAACAAGAUCGUCAAAUCUGGCUUCAACCACCAGAAAUUUCAGUCUCGUCACCAGCCAAAUUAGCAACCACACUGCUAAAUGGAUGCAGGAUACUUCCAAGAAAUCUCCAAUGGAGCUGAUAAAUGAAAUUCCUCCCAUCAAGGUUGAAGGCAGGAUUGUUGCAUGUGAAGGAGACACUGACCCUGCACUUGGACAUCCAAUCGAGUUCAUUUGCCUUGACUUGAAGGAGCCAGCUAUAUGCAAGUACUGUGGCCUGCGCUAUGUCCAGGAUCACCAUCAUCAUUAGGAGUUUGGUACCAUUUUUAUUUGCAAAGAUAAACUGUAUGUUGUUGCUAUUUUUAUGCAAUUUAUGUCUCUCUUUAUCAUCUUGUUCUGGUCUUAAAUGCUUGCUUGGUGUUUAAAAGUCCAUGUAUUUUUAAGUGAUAUUUCAAUAUCAAUAUCAAUUGAAUAAGGAUUUGACAUAA